CUCCCAUAGUGCAUUGCGCGUCGGACUCCUGUCUAUUGGUAUAAUGGCCGCUGUAUUCUUAUAGUGUUUAACAUUUUAUUCUCGGGCACAUAAGGGAAGUAAAUUAAACAACCGGGGAUGGAAAUUUAGUUUUUCUUCAAACUUUUUUUUAAUCGUGACGUGACGCGUUUCAAUAAAGAAAAAAAAUGGAAUAAUUGUUAAAGUGAAUCGUCAAUUGUUUGUAAUUUCAGAAUAUUAUACACGAUCUGUAUAACUUGUUUGUUUUGUGUGAUUUUAUAGUUUUCAACUAUACUUUUACUGGAAAAAUCACUUUUCCUUUUCUCAAACGGGCUUUUCUUUUUUUGAUUUCUCGAGUCGAUCUCACGUCAAAAGGAAAAUAAAAUAUGAGUUCGAAUAAUGUUCAGGCAUUGUUUGCCUGCUCGAGAUGUUUUUCACGACAUCCCUUCGAGGAAUUAUCACCAGGUCAACAACUGUGUAAGGAAUGUCGAGGAACAUUUCCGGUGGUCAAAUGCACCUAUUGUCGAUCGGAAUUUCAACAGACAGUAAAAGGAAAUACGAGCACAAUCUGUAAAAAGUGCGAGCAAAAUGUGAAAGCCUAUGGAAAACCAUCGGCUUGUGAAUAUUGUAAUACAAUUGCGGCUUUUAUUGGCAGCAAAUGUCAGCGUUGCACAAAUUCUGAAAAACGAUAUGGACCGCCAGUUACAUGUGAGCAGUGCAAGCAAAAAUGUGCCUUCGACCGACAAGACGAAGACAAGAAGGUGGAUGGAAAACUUCUCUGCUGGCUUUGUACACUUUCGUACAAACGUGCGCUUGCAAAAACGAAGCAAACGGAAUCGGAGAGACGAGCGCAUUUAAAAUUGGCUCAACAACGAGCCGCGAAGCACAAAGAACAAAAAUUAAAGGGUCAUAAUAAGAGACCGCAACGUGUCGAUGUGACGAAACUUCCGCCACAACCGGAGCCUGAGACAAAUGGACCAACGCCGGCAAAAAUUGCCCGAUUAGCCGGUGUUCACGAUCCACACGAUCCAAAUAUUUCCGAUCAUGUCGUUGCUGUCACUCAACUCAAAGAAACAAUCGCCAAUUUACAGAAGCAAAUCACUAUACGUGACAGUCAAUUACUAGCCAAGGAUAAAAUGAUUCACGAAUUGAAGGCGAAAAAUUUCACCGCCGAAAAUGAAUUGCGCAAUAAAAUGAAAUCAACGGAAAAAGUAUACGAUACAAAAAUAUCAUCGUUGCAAAUGAAAAUUUCAAAUUUACUCAAGGAAGUUGCGACUCUAUCGAAAAGUACAAAACGUGAUAGAAUUGCGGCAACGAAAAAUGAAGCGAAAAGUGAAAAUAGUGGAAGUGGUACCGACAGUCCUGUACCAUGAGAUAAUUCAUAGAACAAUAAUAAUUGAUUCCUUCUUUUUGAAAAGCAAAAGAAAAAAAAAAUUACGAAAGAGAAAAGUGCUUUCGUUUAUGAUUUUUUAUCAAUAUAGAAAAAGUAGAAUUUUGAAAAUUUUUAACAAAAUAAGAAAAACAAAACAAAAUCAUAUUUUCAAAUUAUAAAGAAGGUUUAGUAACAUUUUUUUUUUUACUUUAUAAGAAUUUCAAUUUUCUCUAGUGAUAAUUAUCUAUUACUUUUUUAGCCUAUUUAAAAUUUUUUUUUUGUUUAAUUUCUCGUCCCUAGUUAUAUUGACUUCAAAUAUUUGAUUUUUAAUGUCUCAGCUCUGACAUUUAAACGAUAUUUGUAUAUUUAGGUUGCAAUUUUCAUUUUUUUAGAAUUUCUUUUUUCAAAACAAAAAGAAAAGAAAAAGAUUUUUCUCUACAAGAAAUAUUUAAUCUUUCAACAUUUCAUGGCUUUAUUAUUUCCGUCGAUGAUAUGAGAAAGGAAAAAAGAAUAGUUGUAUUAUAUUUCUAAUUAUUUUAGAAAUCAAUGAUGGACAUAUUAUGAUGAUAUGUUGGAUGAUUUGUUUUUCUAAUUUUUUUUUAUAAUUAUUAUUAAAACUUAAUCAGCGAAUUUAAAAUAAAAGGAAAGGAAUGAAAAAUAAUAAAUAAAUUAACGAUUAAUUUAAAAAAAAAAAAA